ACAUUGCGGACCUCAUUCGUGUUUGCGAGGAACUUCACCUCCCGUUGAUCGCGGAUGAAAUCUACGCGGGCCUGGUGUUUUCAGGCGAGACGUUCACCUCCGUGGCGGACUUUGACACGCCGGUGCCUCUUUUUGUUGUGAGUGGUCUCUCAAAACGGUUCAACGUGCCAGGGUAUCGCUUUGGCUGGGUGGUUGUGGUGGAUCGGGAUGGUUACGGCGCAAAACUACUGAAAGGGGUGCGAAAACUGGCCACCCGUACUCUGAUGCCCAACUCGCUCUUGCAACAUGCUGUCGUGAGUGCCCUUGAGGAGACGCCACAGAGUUUUUUUGAGGACUGUGCGAAUCGCAUGGAGGCGGGGGCGAUGGUGCUUUACAACGGCCUCAAGGACUGUCCCGGUCUUAAGUUGGUGCGGCCACGUGGUUCGAUGUUUAUGUCUGUCGUUCUCGCCUUUGAGGAAUUGGACUGCAGCGUACGGUCGGACGUGGAGUUUUCCAGGAGGCUUGCGGAGGAGGAAAAUGUUCACGUAUUCCCGGGCGAGCCUUUUAAUAUGCCAGGAGCUUUGCGGAUAACUGUUUCUCGAUCCUUGCCGAUGUUACACGAAGCUGUCCAGCGCAUUCAAUCCUUUUGUGAGAGGCAUCGGCGCGCCUAG